AGGUAGUUUGUCCCUUUCCAGCCACCGCCCUGUGUUUUGUGUUUUGUCAGUCAGCUGACAGCAGAGCGACUUGUGUGUUUUCAAGAGAAGUAUACUCAAACUAAAACGGCUACAUGGACUGCAGACGUAAAUUGAAAACAGACAGGUUGUCCUUCCACCUAACACUGUGGUGAAUAGAAUACAACUGCGCGUAUCGGCCUUAUAUUUGUAAAAAACAAACAAACAAACAAGCAACAACAAUUCAAACACUCGUGAACUGGUUUUCAGGUGAAACCGACCGAGAAACAGGGAUGAGCGAUGGCAUCAGUGAAAGUGGCUGUCAGAGUAAGGCCAAUGGAUCGGCGAGAGAAAGAUUUGGAUGCCAAAUUCAUUAUUCAUAUGGAAGGGAACAAGACUUCCAUAACAAACAUAAAGGUCCCAGAAGGAAUCUCGGGAGACACAGUGAGAGAGCGAAUCAAGACAUUCACAUACGACUUUUCAUACUAUUCAGCUGAUAGUAAACACUCAGAUUUUAUUUCUCAGGAAAAGGUUUUUAAAGAUCUUGGCACUGAUGUCCUUAAAGCUGCUUUUGAAGGUUAUAACGCCUGUAUCUUUGCAUAUGGCCAGACUGGAUCUGGCAAGUCCUAUACAAUGAUGGGAAACCCGGGUGAUGCGGGUUUGAUACCUCGAAUAUGUGAAGGGCUGUUCAGCAGAAUAGCUGGGAUGACAAGGUGGGAUGAGGCUUCAUUUCGUACUGAAGUUAGCUACCUGGAAAUCUACAAUGAAAGAGUAAGAGACUUACUCAGGAGAAAAUCUACCAAAACUUACAACCUCAGAGUCCGCGAGCAUCCAAAAGAUGGACCUUAUGUUGAGGAUCUGUCAAAACACCUGGUCCAGAACUACAGUGAUGUCGAGGAACUGAUGGAAGCUGGAAAUAUCAAUCGAACCACAGCCAGUACAGGGAUGAAUGAUGUUAGCAGCAGGUCCCAUGCCAUUUUUACCAUCAACUUCACUCAGGCCAAAUUUGAUGCGGAAAUGCCAUGCGAGACAGUCAGUAAAAUCCAUUUGGUGGAUCUUGCAGGAAGUGAGAGAGCAGAUGCCACUGGUGCCACUGGUGUGAGGUUAAAAGAAGGAGGAAACAUUAACAAGUCUCUGGUCACUUUGGGAAAUGUAAUCUCUGCCUUAGCUGACUUAUCUCAGGAUUCUAUGAGCUCCCAUGCAAAGAAGAAGCAGGUUUUUGUGCCUUAUAGAGACUCUGUUUUAACAUGGCUUUUGAAAGACAGCCUUGGUGGAAACUCCAAAACCAUUAUGAUUGCUACUGUCUCGCCUGCUGAUGUCAAUUAUGGAGAAACUUUAAGUACACUUCGCUAUGCAAAUAGAGCCAAAAACAUUAUCAACAAGCCUACCAUUAAUGAAGAUUCCAACGUCAAGCUUAUCCGCGAGCUGCGAGCUGAAAUUGCUCGACUGAAAGCACUUCUGGCACAGGGGAACCAGAUUGCGCUUCUUGACUCUCCUACAGCUUUGAGUAUGGAAGAAAAACUUCAUCAAAAUGAAGCCAGGGUAAGAGAACUGACCAAAGAAUGGACGAACAAAUGGAAUGAGACCCAAAAUAUCCUUAAAGAGGAAACCCUUGCACUCAGAAAAGAAGGGAUCGGUGUGGUUUUAGACUCUGAGCUGCCUCACUUAAUUGGUAUUGAUGAUGAUCUGCUUAGUACUGGUAUCAUCCUGUAUCAUUUAAAAGACGGGAAGACUGUUGUUGGUCGUGACGAUGCUGCAGCUGAACAGGACAUUGUUCUCCAUGGUCUUGAUUUGGAGAGUGAACACUGCCUGUUUGAAAACCUGAAUGGUACAGUGACUCUAAUACCACUGAACGGGGCUCAGUGCUCAGUCAAUGGAGUACAAAUAAAGGAACCGACCCAGCUUAACCAAGGUGCUGUCAUACUGCUUGGAAGAACAAACAUGUUUCGGUUUAACCACCCCAAAGAAGCUGCAAAACUCAGGGAGAAAAGGAAGAGCGGACUGCUUUCUUCCUUUAGCCUGUCUAUGACAGACCUUUCAAAAUCGUGUGAAAAUCUCUCGACUGUCAUGCUUUACAAUCCGGGGCUUGAAUUUGAAAGACAACAGCGAGAGGAACUGGAAAAGUUGGAGAAUAAAAGGAAACUUAUUAAAGAAAUGGAAGAGAAGCAAAAGUGUGAGAAAGCAGAAUUGGAGCGGAUGCAGCUGGAGGUUGAGUCCCAACGCAAAGAGUCAGAGGUGGUGCAGCUCCGAAUUAAAAAGCAGGAAGAGACCCUGAAGCGCAGGAGCCAGGACAUUGAGAGCAGGCUGAAGGACCUGCUGGCUGAGAAGGAGCGGUUUGAGGAGGAGCGUCUUAGAGAACAGCAGGAGAUAGAGCAGCAGAAAAAGAAGCAGGAAGAGGAAAUCUAUAUCAGGGUGCAGAAGGAGACGCAGAGACUUCAGGAAAUCCAUGUGAAAGAGAAGUCGGAGAAGAUGGAGAUAUUCCGAGAGCUGGAGAAACUGAAGAAAGAAAAUGAUGAGCAGACCAUCAAGUUAGAGCUAGAGAAGAGGAGGCUGGAGGAGCAGGAGAAAGAGCAGUUGACCUUGGUGAUCCGUCUAGAGGAACAGCUCAGAGAGAAGCAGGAGAUGAUUGGGCUGUUGAAGAGAGAUGACGUUCAGAGGGUAGAGGAAGAGAAGAUGAUCUUGGAGGAGAUACGAGAAGUCCUCCUGAAGGCAAAGGAAGCCAUGCCUGAUGGGGACGAAGACCAUGAGGACGUAAAAAAUGGCAAACAGAAGUACAUGGACUUCAAGAUAAAGCAGCUGAGACAGUUGGUGCAGUUGGAAGAAGGGCUUAAGCAUCAGAAAAACCACCUUGAGAAUGACAUCUUGAGCGAGCAGAAGUCUCUGGAUGAUCUUCGCAGGACGCAUGAGGAACACCAAAAGCUCCUGAAAGAAAACAAAGAAAAGGGGGCUUUAGAUUCUGCAAAUGUGGCCCAAGAAAAAGAGAAGAUCAAACAAGCUGAACAUCAUUUGCAUUACAAAGAGCGCCAGCUCCAUUGUCUCAGUGAAAACCAUCUGCUUGUAAUAUCUGAAGAAAAACAAAGGGCUGCUGAGAUUGUGGAAAAGGGGCUCCCUUGUCUGGACAACACCUUGUAUCAGAUAGAGAAGGAAAUUGAAGAGAAGGCCGAGCAGCUUGCGCUGUAUUGCGCUAACAUUGUCCAAAUGCAGCAACUUCAAGAAACUUAUGAAUUCACUGCCAACGUAGCAAGGCAGGAAGAAAAGGUCCGUAGGAAAGAGAAGGAAAUCUUGGAGUCAAGGGAAAAGCAGCACAGAGAAGCUCUGGAGCAAGCUGUAGCAAAACUGGAAAGGAGGCAUUCUACCCUGCAACACCAGUCCACCAUUGAGCUUAAGAUUGAGGAGCAGAAACGUAAACUGGCAUCUUUAAAUAAGAGUGAGGAGCAAGCAGGGCUGGAGGCCAGUCUGGAAGCUGAGCGGAAAGCAUUGGAGCAGGAUAGAGAAAGGCUAGAACGUGAAAUUCAACAAUUGAAACAAAAAAUCUGUGAAAGCGAUGCUCUGAAGAGCCACCACACAGCAAAUGAUGAAAAACCAAGUCAUACCAGCUCACCAGUUAGCCCCAAAACAUCCCCAGCUGGUCUGUUUACAGCAAUGGAUGACAGGAUCAGUGCUUAUAUAGAGGAAGAAGUACAAAGAAGACUACAGAAGCUCAACGUGACGAAUGGUGAAAAUAGCACGGAGCUCUCCCUUUCAACAGAAAGUAUAGAGGAAGAUGACAAGUCAUGUAAUGGUAGUGAACCACGUAAAUUGAAAUAUGAGACAAAUGAGAGUCCCAAACCAUGGCCUAACUUCCCACCUGUCCCUGAGGAGGAAGCUGCUUUUCUCAGUGUGUCUCCAAAAAGUAACAGAUUUGAAGAAUACCUUAAUGAAGAACACUGGCCAGUGCAUUGGGGGUAUGAUUAUGUUACUGAAAAGGACCAGAGUGCUAGAAAGAAGACAUUUGGGACGAAUCAGACUAUUAAAGAAUGGAAUCGGUCACCUCAUAAAUCAAUGUGUUAUGAAAUUCCAGUGGAAUUAUCUAAAGAGCUGAAGCAACAUCAGAAUGAAAAUUAUUUGAGAGAGAUUCAGCAAAAGCCCACACCAGUCUCAGUAGAAAGGCAUGGUAAUGAGAGCAAAUUGUGUCACAAGAAAAAAAGACAAACGAGCAACCGCAGUGAUCUCUUGGUUGAUAGGGUGCACAGUUGCUUAGAGGAUGAACCUGGAGGGACCUUGUUACACAAUUUGACCAACCCACAUUUUGGUAAUCUGGAGACUGGGCUAGGAAACAUCGACAGACUUGGUCUCACUGAGACCAAUAUAAGUUUUGAAAUCCCAGCACAAGAGCACAACCCAUCACAGGGAAUCCCAAUGGAGGGUCGAUUUUGUCAUUCUCAAAUCUCGGACAUCUCGACUGAGCAAGAGCUAGAGAGACAUAAGAGGAGCUCAUCAGAGACAGAAAGUGCAUCUUCACAUCUUGGAGCUGAGCAAAACUAUGGCCUUGGGUAUUUUGCUAGCAAGCUGUCUUGCAUUUAUAAAGAUGCUAGUCGUCAUCUGCAAAACACUCAGAAGAUCAUUAGACAGGUUAGAGAAGGAAAGUGUGAAUACAGAAGCAGCUGGUAUGAUCAGAUGUAUUCAGUUAUAAAAGAAUUGCCGUUUGUGCAGAGAAUACAGCUUGAAGUGACUUUAAAAUCAGAUAUCAAACAAACAAAAGCGUGCUUCUCAGACUCAACCGCAAUACAUAUUUACAAGAUCAAUGAGCCCGAUAAUAUAAUACCAUCAGACAACAUCACUGGGUAUUUGUCCCAAAGUCCUUUGUGGCACACAGAAUUGCUUGGAUCACCAGCAACUUCUGUUAUUGCGUAUAAAAGUGAAUGUUUUGAGAAUCUUCAAGCGCUAUGCCAGAGGCUAGUACAAUUUCCAGGGGAUCUCCUUAAGCUUCAAACACUCCCUUUGCAAAAGUUCUUUGAGUGUCUGAGUUCUAUUUUACCUUAUGGUGCUGAGACUAAGAAUCUGCUGCAAGGAGUUUAUUGGCUUGAGGUGGCCAGUUGUAAACAUCCUGUGCCACAACCUGCUUGUGUCCUUUUGUUUGACUCGGUUCUGUAUGCAGUAAUAUCUAACAGUAAUCAACAUAAUGCUAGAUGCAUGUUAGCAAUAUUCCAUGAGCUUCCUCUUGAAUCCAUUAAGGAAGUUCAAAUUGGUUUUUCUGGGCAGAAUGUUAGACUUCUUGGGUCUACUGAAGAUAGUGUAUUGACCGUCUUUACUUACAACAAACACCUUACUCAAGAAUUAUGUCAUGAUUUGUUAAGGGUUUUGACUUGUAGCAGUGAUGACACAAUCUACAUGAACCAUCUUCUUCUCAAGGGGGAUCUGAUGCAGCUCGCACUUGACUGGAAGUCUGAAAUCACAGACUUCAACUUAGCCAGUGGAGUGCUGGUUUGCUGCAAAUUCAAGAAAAUCCUUGCAGACCUAGUUUACAUGCUCCAUGGAAAUAUGGAGAAAAACAAACCAUCUCUGGGUGAUGUUAACCUACUUCUGUACACUACUGUAGUGGCAGAAAUUGUUUCCCACUCCUGUUGCACAUCUUUCAAAUCGCUUGUUCUCACUGACACACACAUUGGGCUUCUGCAGGAAGACAGCGUUUUUUAUCCUAUUCCAAGUGCAAUAUUUAUUCUGCCAAAGAGAGCACAGUUUGAUGUCAUUCAUCUGUUUUCCCGUGCUGAUCUCAGGUGUGUGUUUGUUGCAGACAAGGAUCAUUUAACAAGGCUUGAACUUGUUUUUGCCAAGCGAGAUAGGAGCUACUCUGAGUCAGAGCAAAGUCUCUGCAAACAGCUUCAGGACCAAAAUAGAAACCACAUGAUAAUCUGUGCUCCCAGUGAUAAUUUAAACUUGCAAACAGAAGUCUGGAAAUUAACUUUUGGCACUACAGAAGAGGCAGCUUUUCUGAUUAAUAAUUUGUCAAGUGUUUAAGUAUUCAGUGCAAUAAUACAAAAGACAAAAAAGUAGAACUUUCAAAGCAGGAAUCAUGUGCCAUGAAAUAUUAUUAUUCUGCCAUUUUUAUUUUCAAUAUUAAAGAUUAAAGACUAUUUGUGACAAGUGCAUACUUUGUUGGUUUCACAUGAUUGUUUUAAUAAUACAUAUUUUUAUGCAUCUUGUGUGUAUGUGUGUGUGUGUGUGUAUGUAUAUAUAUAUAAUGUGUGUGUGUUUUAAAAUCUGAUAGUAGACAGAGCAGGGCAGUUCAGCAAACUGUAAUGUCAAACAUAUCUGCUGCAGGGUAUUAAAAUACAUUUGAUGUGUAACAUUAGGACACUAUAGGAUGCAGGCACUCGGCAUGCCACCAACCGAAUUAUGAUGCGUUAGUGGUGUCGUGCCAUAAAUACUUAUGAUACUGAAGUCUUACUGAGCUGCUCUACCUUUUAGUCACUCUGUGCAGGGGUGAUAGCAACUCUGCAGCUUCACACAAUUAAGUUUUUUGUAUUCAGCCAAAAUGGCCACCAUACUGUAAACCCCAUUUUAUUUGCAUGUCAUCAGUUAUAACCAAUUUCACUAAAGUCAAUGUAGUCACUGACUUCAGUGCAAUACAAACAUUUUACUGUUUCCUUAAGAAAAAUAGGGCAUUUCAUUUUGGGUUUCUUGAAAUAUGGAAAUACAUGGCUUUAUUCUAUCUCUGGGACAAAAGUAAAAUAACACUAAAAUGAGUUCCAGUUACUUCAUGUUUAGCAGUGUGUAUACAUGUGUAGUCAUAAUGAUGUAUUUGCAGUCUGUGUCAAAAUAUAUUUUAAAAGUAUUGUUUACAGAGUAUUGUAUGCUGAGUAGUAUUGUAAUGCCUUAUUUAAAAGAAUUAGAAAAAAUGUCAGUGUUGGUUCCAUAGUUUGGCUGGGCUGAUUGAGAAAUUGGUCUACUUUCAUUACAGUUUUUAUAUCUUUAGAUCAUUCAUAAUUUAGUUUUAAGAUUAACUAAGCUUGACCCCAGGUACUGUGAUGUUACUAUGAUGUAGCAGAAACAAACUCAUCUUUUACAUGACAAUAUCAUGGGAUCAUACUGAAAAUAUCAUGCGAUUACAACCACCCCCUCCCCUUCUCACACGCACAAACACAUAUAUACAUGGACUUCCCAAAUGGAGGCAAUGCAGUAAGAUGCAGGAAAGCCAAAUUCAUGUACCAUAUAUGCCCUUGAUAAAAAUAAAUCAAAAACAUAAUUAGAAACACUAAACAUGACAAAGUUCUAGAAUAUUUAUAUAUAAAUUGUUUUUUCAUAUGGCUGAGUGGCACAAAAUUACAUAUGGUGCAUUUAAUCUUUCAACAAAAUGAGCGAAGUACAGUAAAUUCAAUUUAACCUACAGCAGCUGUGAGUAAGUACUGCCUUUUCUGCAUUUCACACCGCUGAGUAAUAUAGCAAACUUACUUUUUUCAAAAUAAACGAGAAAAAGGUUGGCAGGAAUUGAGCAGGGUAAAAAUAACAAAUAAAUCUUUACCAAACUUGUAUGAGUAAUUCAAAUUAUGUUAUUAUAUACUUUAAAUGUGUUAACUAUAGUGAAAUAGAAAUGAUCCAUUCUGUGUUCACUUAAUUUUUGUAUUAUUUAUUUAUUUAUUUUAUUUAAUUCUUGCAAACUUUUAACCUUGCUGGUGUUUUAAAGUGUACCCUUUCACUGGCUUUUAUUCAACUGAUUUAGCCCCUUGUUUAGUCUAACAUUCCCAUGUACAAAUGAAGCAAAAGUCUUCUCAAAUGUUUUCAGAAAAGCUGUGAACUGCAGUUCGCUUCUCCUGUACGCUAUAGAAACGUUCAAGUUCCUCUGUUUUUUGGUAACCGGUCUUACAAAUAAAUUAUUGUCACACUUACCUUUUUGAUAAAUGUAAUAGUACAGACAUGUUUAACAAAUACGGCAAUUUUUUUUUUUUUUUUUUUUAUCAGCAGUGUCACGUUGCUGCUUGUGUAUUUGGGCAGACACCUUUGUUGUCUUUUCUUGGUAGUCAGACACGUUGCUGUUUGUGUACUCGGGUAGCCUUUGUUGGAGAUUUCAAUACACGCAUCACUAUACUGUACUCGCAUUUAAGAUGCAGGCUAUUUUUGAGAAGCAAAAAAUGGUUACAAAAAGUGUGUCUUAAAUUCAAAGGAAUACGGUAAAUAUCCAGUGAUCCAGUGUGACAUUGAUAUUGCCUUCAUACUUAGAAGGGGUGCACAGAUAGAAUGCAUGUGUGCAGUAUAACAUUUAAAAUCAAACACAGUCCCAUCUUGCUAUAGCUCCACUAAGUUCAAUCUGGUUGUAAUGGAACAUAUGUCAUGCAGAGUAUGUACAUUUAAAUAAACAACAGAACUGUAUGUUAAAGCUUGUUUCAGAUUUGUUAGCAAUGACAUGUUGGGGAUUGUUUGCUGCUGAAUGCGUAUUACAUUGUAUAUAUUUUAGCAGACUUUAUUUUUUGAUUGCUUCCAAAAAUCUGAUUUAAAUUUCAAGCCUAUAUAUGUGACGUAUAUGUAUUAAAUUACAGAUAUUUACAGUACAAAUGACAGGAGAUUGUAUUUUUUCAUAAAGGUCAUAUAACUUUAGCGUUUAUCAGUGGUAGCACUCACUAUAUUUUUUAUAGAAAUGUAUUUUAAUUGUGUAGUUCACCAGAAAGCAGGAUACAUUUCCCUUUUUAAUUCUGUGUUUACUUGCAAUCCCUUACAGAGAACAAUUGUG